UUUAUUUAAAAUAACGGUAUAGACGUCGAAUGUUGAUACGAGAUCUCAAAUUAAAAGUAAACUUGCCUCGUGUUUACUAAAUCGCCAACCAACCUGAUCCGAAAAAUCGACCCAUUCGUGGUAGUCAUGCAGAUCGCUACGGUUCUUCUUGUCUUAGCUAGACUUUUGUGUGUCGAAAAUACGUUGAUAUCGAGGAAUUACAAAAGAGACGUGAUUACAUUCGAUGAAGACUCGACUCUGCGAUAUCCAUUUUUUAAUUUCGCCUCUGAAUCGGAAUUAUCUGAUGAGGACGAGGAUGAUAACGGAAAAGAAAUGGCGUUUAAAUCUAAAGAAAAAGAAAUAUUAGACAGUUCAGAGAACAACUCAAAUCUAAUGGCGAAACUUAAAGAGUCGUGCGCGAUCGUGGUACGUUCUAACAUUCAUCCGACGAUGCAAACGCUGCUGCGCAAGUACAGAUACGACGCAAAAGGUGCACUGAUUCCCAGCAGUGUUAAAUACUUCAUAAAGGUGCAGCAAGGCCUCGGAGCGCCGUUACUGGUUCCUCUAAAUAGCAAAUCUGUUUCGCAUCUAGGAGGUUACGUGAGGUAUUAUAAAGAAGUUCCGCCAGUACCGCAAGCAUUAUAUUCAAAUCGGAAACAACAUCGUUAUUUUAAGCAGUAAAUGUGAGACUAUUGCAUAAUAA